AUGUUUAUUAUUAUUAUCAUUAUUAUUAUUAUUAUUAUUAUUAUUAUUAUUAUUAUUAUUAUUAUUAUUAUUAGUAUUAUUAUUAUUAUUUCAGAGUUAAAUGUUGAAGACUGUGGAACAAACACUCAGUUGUGCAACAGAAAUGCUGUUUGUAAGACUAUGGAGGGGUCCAGCAUCUGCAUCUGUCAUCCCGGAUACACUGGAAAUGGAAAAAUAUGCACUGGUAAUCAUUAUACCAUUACUAACGACUCUAUUAGAUUCAUACUAAGUAAUUAAUCUGCUAUAACAGUUGACUUAUAUUUACAGCCACCCAUCUGUUCCUAGUAACGUGACAGUAGCCUUUUUCCCCCUCCUUUUAGAUAUUAACGAGUGUACGACUAACGUUCAUAACUGUGAUGCCAAUGCUUUCUGUAGCAACUCUGAGGGAUCUUAUAACUGCACAUGCAGCCCUGGAUACACUGGAAAUGGAACAUCAUGCAGCGGUAUAUAUAUCAUUUGUUUAUUAUUAUAA